GACCUUUCACCUUCCGGCCGAGAACAGCACUUCCGGGGGAGAGAAUGUCACCCGAAGCUUUUAAAAGAAGUAAAUACCAGGAAACACACAGAUAAUCCCCCGGUGUGUGAAGAUGAAUGAUUUUCCGCUGAAAACGGUGGAAGUGGUGUGCCUGGGAACCAGCGUGGCUUUGUCGGGUCUGUUCUAUUUCCUAUACAGGAAGAAACGGAAAACGGUGGACAGACUCAAGGAAGCACCUCGACUAUCUCUGGACAAAAGCCUCGCUAGUAUCUUAAAUGCCACCCCUGGGAAAUGUCUCCAGUAUGUAAUCAUCCAAGGGACGGUGCAGCCGGUGGGGGAACCACUCCGCAGUCAGUUCCAGGAGGGCAGCAUUGGCGUGGUGCAGAAGCUGGUUCUCAGGGAGCACAAACUCGUGUGGAACAGCCUGGCCCGUACAUGGACAGAUAGCGAGCGGAUCCUGCAUCAGCGUGUCAACACGGUGCCCUUUAACCUUGUGGGCUCGGAUGAGGUGGCCGUCCGUGUGCUCUGUCCCCUGGAGGCAUCAGGCCUGGACAUGGAAAUCGUCCACAAGAAGUUCCACCAGGCCAGCUACGGCUUCACGGACAUCAUCGGCCAGUACCUGAGUGGGGAGAAGCCUAAGGGCCAGCUGGAGAUGGAGGAGAUGGUGAAAGUCGGGGCCACGCUGACGGGCGUCGGCGAGCUCUUCCUCGACACGGACCGCACGCUUAAGCUCCGGCCGCCCGCAGAUGGCUCUGCGUUCUUCCUCACGCCGGUCGACUUCGAGACGAUGCAGGCGGCGCAGGCGGGCCAGGCGUGGAUGUGGAGGGCGCUGGGUCUCGCGUGCCUGCUGGCUGGCGUCGCGGUACUCCUCUGGGCUGCCCGGCGGCACUACCGCCACCUACAGGCCCGGCGGGAGCAGGAGCGUGUGCAGCGGGAGUUCGACGAGCUGGGCGAGGGCGGCGAGCUGCCCGACAACGCCUGCGUGAUCUGCAUGAGCAGGCCGCGCAACUGCGUACUGCUGGACUGCGGACAUGUCUGCUGCUGUUUCCGGUGCUCCCAGGUCCUGCUGCAGCCCAUCUGCCCCAUCUGCAGGCAGCACAUCCAGAGGGUGGUUCCCCUUUACCAGGCCUGAGAACCUGAGGGCUGCUAUACCACCUAUACGUAAGAAUGUUAAAGUCUAACAUUAAAGAGCUUCCACCUAACCCAGCUUUUGGAUGCCUCUCUACCUGAUUGGGGCCCUAAACUCGCAGCCAUAUUCCCCCCAACUCCUGAGCUAAGUUGUACACUAAACUAGAAUCCCAUUCUCCUCUGCAGGCCCAUUGCCCCCCCCCCUUCACGAUGCCCAUCAGGGUGCCUGCCAGCCCCCUGCUGGGGGGCCUCAUACUCCAGUCUGGUAUGGGCUGGUAUCCAGCCUGGUGUCUGAAGCAUAAAUGCAGCAUUUCUGUUUGCUGCGGUGUGAUUAUAUUCACAGUGGAAAUGCGUAUCAUGUCACUGUGUGUAUUUGCUUAACGCUGUUAAUUAGCACUUUAUUUUCAUCAGCUGCUGAUUCAUAAAUGCAGUGUAAAUA